UGACAGUUGUACAAAAGUCAGUUAAGGCUGAGGGUUAGGGGCGAAUUUUAUGUUUGUGUUUUUACCAGUUUAUAAAUCACGCUAUCUCUGAAAUUAAAGUGAUUUGUAUAUAAGACUCGAUCAAUAUGAAACAGUUAAUCUUGUUUUUAAUCUUUGGAUACUGUUUAAGUGAUUGUUUAGCACUAUGGUGCUAUCAGUGUACUGCUGCAACCCCUGGGUGUAUGGAACCAUUCAACUGGCGAGGUGUUGGCUACCUUGGCAACCCAUGCCCUGAUGCUGAGGAUAUUUGUGUCAAACUUAUUGAAAGGAAAGGAGCACAAGAAGUGAUAACAAGGGAUUGUUUGAGCAACUUCAGGGCUUUCAGAACUGAUAUUCCUGCAGACACCUAUGAAGGUUGCCGCCCAGCUGCGAGGGAUGUGAAUCUAGCAAACUAUGUCAAUAAUUCCAUAAAGGAACUUGAUAUCAAAAGGGACUGGUAUGAUGAAACUGUAUGGUGUUUCUGCUUCCUCGACCACAGAUGUAAUGGUGCAUCAAGUGUGACAACAAUGGCAUUACUAAUCCCAGCAUGCAUUGUGUUUCUAUUCAUGAAAAUGUUCUGAUGUUCAGUUAUUAUCAAUGAUUGACGGUUCACCAAAAAACAUUUAUCUGUAGUACUGAGUAAGUGAAAUAGAAUAUUGUAAUAAUAGAAUAUUGCAAUAACUUGACAUGCAGCUGCAAUGAUUUAGAAGUGCAUUAUAACUAAUUUUAUAUGAAUCUCACUAUCUUCAUGAAUCUUAGAAACUGUGACAGUUAUGUUUAAAUUAAUUCAUAGGAAACAUUGAAUAUAGAUCCUAACUAAAGUAAGAAGCUUUGCAGUAGUUAAAGCUGAGUAACUACUAUAAGUAGGUAAAGUUGACAAAUGAUAAUGUACUUGGAAUAAGACAUGUAAAAAGGUAAUGUACUUUUUUCGUGCAAAGUAUGUAUGUAUCACUGUUAUAUUCCAAUAUAUGUAAAACAUUUCAAUUUAUUCCAAAGAGCAAACUCAUCACAUUCUUUGAUACCUAUGACUUUACAAGUAUAUUUAGUAAUGUUUAAAGCUAUAUCAUAAUUAUGAAAUUAUCAAUAAGAAUUCCGUCCCAAAAGAUUUUCAAUAUGUGAGUAAAUUUGAUAGACCUGUGACAGAGUGCAUUAUAAGAACAUUCCAGUGUAAUGUUUAUCUAAAUAAUUCCGUCCAACAGUUAUUAUACAUAUUGUUAGUGUGUAGGCUUAUUAAUUAAGAUAUAAGUGCCUCAUUGAACAUUGUUCUUUUACAUAAGACUGUAGUUUUGUACACAAUAGUUUUUAUCAAAGGAUUUCUAUUUUUAUUGAAAUGACAUAUGUAAUUAAUUUGUACAUUUUGUAGCAGGAUUUAUAAUAUGGGUUGUUAAUAACAAUGAUUUAAGGCCACCAAUUAAACAACUGUAAAAUUAA